GUUUCUACAGACUUGUUUUACGUCAGGAAUUUCUCAGCGCAGUUCGCGCGCGCAGCAAAAAUAUCAUAGUAAUCGAUGUGAUUAUUUUGUGUUAACUGGUGAAGUUCAUCGGUUUAUGGAAAAUGUGAAAAAUCGUAUUCUAAUGAAAAAUUGUACAGUAUCGUGAGAUAACGAUCAUGAGACAAAAGUGGAUCGGGCGAGUCAUGGCAUGCCAAGGAAGUGUUGACCCCUGACCUCACGCUGGUAAAAAAUGGCGACUGAUGGCACAAACAUCAACUCGUGGGUUUACAGAGGCGAGGGGAACGCGUGUUUGGCGGUCGGUAACGUAGUUUCCAAGCAGGUGUAUCUUCUUAUGAAGGUCAAGGACAGGUUGAGCUCGGACAGGAGGCACGCAGAUGCGAAAAGAACCGUGCAAAACGAUGUUGGCUACGGGAGGUUUGUUAUGCGACCCCUGAUUGGUGCACAGUUCGUGCCAGUGGGGGAGGUGGUUUGUGUGCCAGAAGAGUUUCUGUCGCAGAUUGAAGAGAAGAUGAGGGAAUAUAGAUCCAGCAGACGGCUGUCUGAAAAGCUAGAUCCAGCUGGAUUUGCUGUUCGCCUACCAGAUGCCUGUAAACUUCCCACAGUAGACUCGUGUGGACAGGGACCUGUAGUUUGUGUUGAAGUGAAACCCAAAACUGGCUUCCUCCCUGAAAUUGUCACCAUACCAGAUGUGCACGCAGUACGGAGAUCUGUGUGCCGCUACUGCAUGCAGCAGUGUUUGAAGCUCUGCCAAGGCAAAAUAAAGGAGAGGUCACAAUACUGCCCUCUGGAUCUUUUCUCUGGUACUGCAUCCCGCAUGGUCUAUGCCAUCAAGGCUUUGGUACAGAACCCUCAAAAUAACUUCAAAGUUUUCGAGGAUGGCAAUUUGAUAUACUCAGGUGGUACAGAAAACCAUUGGCAACCACUACAAGACUGCCUUACAGCAUUGUUUGCUGGAGAAAAUGAAGACAUUGACUGUACAGGUGAUUCAGGAACACAAACAAAUAACCUCCUUGUUGACAGAUUCGCAGAACUGUUGUUUAAGGUACUGGUUUAUCCAGUUGAUGAUCCUAACAGUUGCUAUGGCAAUACUCCACCCAGUACGACCCCUGAAUGCUGUACAGAAAGUACCUGUAAAGCACAAAGGCAAGGAGGCUCACAGCAUGGUUUAGUUCCGGACAGUGUUUUAUUCAACAUUCUGCACACUCAGCAGUUAGAUGUGCUGGAUAUUGAAGGAAUCUACCCCCUGUACCAGAGACUAGUUGCCCACCUGGAGACUCAUCCUGAGGACAGAGGUAGAUGGUGUUUAGAAGGACCGUAUGACAAUGCUCAAUGGACGAUGACCCACAGUGCGGUUGAGAAGUGUAGAGACAACAUACAGUCCAUGGAAUCAGUGGUUAUGUUGGUGAAAGCAUUCCUGGUAUCUCUCACAGCUAAAGACUGCUCUGUCAUGGUGACCAUACAGAGAGUGGAAAAUGGUACAGAUGUUAUGCUACCUGUGAUGACAGACUCUGUUGGUAACAAGUUCAUGUUUAACAUACAAGUUGUUGACACUAAACCGAAACCCCUGCAUAGGAUUCAGAAGUACUUCAGUCUGAACAAAGAUAUUGUACAGGCAUAUGUGAGGACUAUUGGUGACAAGUGAUAGAAAGUUAUCAUUCAUAGAAGAGGGACAUGUUGCACCAUGUUUUCUGUUGGUAUGUUGAUACAGCCAUCCAUUUCCAGAGAUAUUUACAUAUUUUUGUACUUUUUUUUUCUGUGCAUCAAUACAUGUUAUUGUUAGACAUGUACUGUAGUAGUAAGAUUAUUCAUAUUGUGACAACUAAAUUUACUUUUCAACCUUACUAGUGCCACAGACCAACCACAGUCAACUCUGCCAUAGAAUAUUGCAGACCCGCUACAACAUUCAAUCAAGAUUGAUAUUCAUGUGCCGAUUGUAAUAGUUUUUUUUAUUAUGAAUGAUACAUGUCAGCAAUUGUCAACGAUGUAGUCAAAUUGAAACAAUAAAUUGACAAGAA